GCAUAAGACAUAUAGUGACGUCACGUUUUAAUGUCCACAAAUGCACGGUGUUUUAUAAGCGGUAGUGUGAAUAAGUCACCACGCGAUUUAAGAGACAUAAUUUUUCUAGAUAUUUGCCAGAAUGAUCAUAACACUAAAGACGCUUCAACAACAAACUUUCAGGAUCGAAAUCGAUCCAUCAGAGACUGUAAAAGUUUUCAAAGAAAAGAUUGAAACAGAAAAAGGGAAAGACUAUCCAGCCUGUUUUCAAAAGUUGAUUUAUUCUGGGAAAAUUCUCAAUGAUGAAAACAAAAUUAGUGAGUACAACAUAGAUGAAAGCAAGUUUGUUGUCAUAAUGGUCACGAAGCCUAAAUCUGGAACAACAGAAAGUCAGUCAUCUCAUAAUAGUGCAGCAACAUCACCUAUAGAAAGUGAAGCGUCUUCUGAUUUAUCAUCAAUCUCUGGUUCAGCAGUAGUAGGUAGUAAACCACCUAGUGAUCCACAAGAUAUACCUUCUGAGAAAGAACAAUCUCCUAUUUCAGAAACAAGCUCUACUAACACAGCUUUGCCUUCCUCUGAUGCGAGUGUUAACCUUACUUCAGCAGAGUCAAGUCUUGUCUUGGGAGAAGACUAUCAGAGAAUGGUUCAACAAAUAAUGGAAAUGGGUUACGAAAGACAGCAAGUGGAGAGGGCACUUCGAGCAAGUUACAACAAUCCUGAUAGAGCUGUAGAAUAUUUACUUACCGGUAUUCCCUCUCAUCCUGAAUCUUCACAGCCUCCAAGCGAAGAAGAACCUACAGCUCCAGUUACUAACACAUCUUCCAAUACAAGUACUACUGUUUCAGCAUCAGAAAGUGGAGAAGAUCCUUUAGCUUUCCUGAGGUCACAACCUCAGUUUCAACAGAUGCGACAAGUUAUCCAACAAAAUCCCCAGCUGUUGAAUGCUGUCCUUCAACAGAUCGGUCAAAGUAAUCCCCAACUUCUUCAGGUGAUAUCGCAAAACCAGGAAGCCUUUGUCAGAAUGUUAAAUGAGCCUGGAGCAAAUGAUGGAGAUAGUGGAAAUACCGGCAGUCAAGCUGUUGGCCGUAGUGGUGGAAGUGGAAUCCCCUCCGUUUUGGAAGGUGGAGUAACUGCCCAAGUAACUUCCCAAGAUAAAGAAGCCAUCGAAAGGCUAAAAGCCCUAGGAUUCCCAGAGUACCUGGUCAUUCAAGCCUACUUUGCAUGUGACAAAAAUGAAAAUCUAGCAGCAAAUUUUCUGUUGUCUCAAAACUUUGAUGAUUGACAGAAAACGUUUUGUGGUGUCAUCUAUUACAGAAAACUUGAGAUUGCAGCAUUGUUACGGCUACCUUAGGAAAAGAACUAAAAAGAAAAUGCAUGCAUUCUCAUCAUACUAUUCAUUUAAAGACAAAAAAUAAAAUAAACUACUGCUGUAGUGGGCAAUAGAAAAACUUGUAUUUGUUUUAAUGUUCUUAAGUUUUUCUUCUAAAGCUGUAUACUUGCUGAAUUAAUAAACCUUCCCUUAAAGCAAAAAAAAAUAAUAAUGCUUGCUUUUAACCUAGCUCAGAAAAAUAAACUUUAGAAGUUUCGUAUUUAAACAUCCAUCAUUUUCAAAUUAAGUUAAAGUGAAAAAAUUAUCAAUAUUUUUUUGUUAAUAUUAUAAAUCCUAGUAAACCACAGAUAUAUAUAUAUAUAUUUUUUUUUUCUAUAAAGCUCUCUAGUAGCUACUGCUCCUCAGUCAGAAAUGGAAUGUUUAAAAUUUCAGAGCCUGUACUUAAUUUCCUGGAGUGUGUACCGUGCCUUUGGUUUUUCAUUUAAAUGAAUCUCUGUAAAAAAAAAAAAUUAAAUAAACAUAAGUUAAAAACAA